UGUUCCGGCGCCUCAGAGAUCCAAAAAGCUUGCCCCUUUCUCAUCCUCCUCAACUCCAUCCAACGACACCGCGCCAUGUGCUGCCCGAGCAGGUGCUGCUGUCUCUGCCUCCUCCUCCUGCUGGCGAUCAUCGUCGUCGGCUUCGUCUUCGGAUUCGGCAUCUUCUCUCACGGCUUCCACAAGAUCAGGGACGCUCUACACCUCGAGGAGCCGCCUACGCCCGGAUCCCUCAACCGCCGGCCCUUCCUCGCCGGCGCUGCACCGCCUGCUUUCUGAGAGGCACGCUUUUACUCUUUCCUUGUUUCCCCUCAUUCUCUGGAUCACUUCGCAUGCUUACAUUGGACUUCGGAAGGGAAGUCUCGGAUUGGUAAAUUCUAGGGUUUCUAGAUUUCUUUCCUCGAUUUGAUGUUCGGUUUGAUCUGCGGAAUUGGAUAGAUGGGUUGAAGAUGGAAUUUGUUCCCGGUAUGGAAA